AUGUUAUCAGAUCAGCAACUAAUCCGUUUUUUCAAGGACACUUUCGCGGGUUCUUCUGAGUUGGGAGCAUGGGCUGCUUGCACUGUAUUGAGCGCUUUUACGGCUGCUACUGUGGGUUAUUUCUCUGGAAGAAACAUUGGCACGUAUCGGUAUUCUCCCUUUUUGCUUGAAGGAAACGAGGAAAAUAUCAAGGCAGCGGUUGUAGAUGCGGCCGUGGUCUCCGAAGUAUCAUCAUCGCCGAUGCUUCUUGAAGAGAUGUUUGAAUCUCACUCUGGAAAGAGCGCUGCGGCGUUGAUAUUAUUCAUUUUGGUUGACAUUCUGCUGGUGUCACUAUUUUGCUGGAAAUUCAAGCAGGAUGCGAAUGUUCAGUCUCAGAAUGAGGUCCUUUCUACAUCUGUUGAGACUCUUAGGUCCCGCCUAUCAAGAGUCGAUAGAGACCAUAGGGAUUUCGAAAACUACCUGGAAACGAGACUUGAAUCCGUAAAUGAGAUGGUUCAGUCUUCAAAAAAAAAAUCUCUUGCCAGUAUUGAAAAAGCGACGAAAAAAGCUCAAGCCAAGCUGGAGGCUUUGGGAAUGAGAACUGCUGCGGCCACUCAUAGUGCUAUUGAAAAACUGAAACCAUUGAUCAAAGAUGCCAAGUCACAGAAGGAGGCCCUGACCACCAAUCAGAAGGAAAUAUCCGAAGAAAUCAGCUCAGCUGAACGCAAACUGAGCAGUCUUCUGCUGGUUUUUCAGUCUGAUUCAGCCUCUGUGAAGGAAGCGAUGAAAAUUGCCAAUGAACAAAGUGCUGAAAUGCUAGUCACCAUCUCUGAGGAAAAAGGUAAACUUGAGACGACGUUGAAGAAACUCGAUGUCAAACUGUGCAAGUCACAUAUGAUGUUACGUGAGACUCGCCGUCUUUUUGAGACUAAUGUUAAGUUCGAUCAGGUAUCAGCCAGAAACAUGUCAACUCCUCCAAAAUCAAGAUCGGAGAUCGACUCAGAGAUCAUUCAACAGCUAUUCUGGCCGCUAAAUGAGGCUAAAGAUUUCAGUUUGCCCACCCUGCCGGUGGAAACAUCAAUGACCCCGCCGUUGCUAGACCUCAAUACGUAUGCCAAUCAAAGUGUCUUGGAUAUAUCUGGCGUUGAUAAAGACUCAACUGAUCUUCUUCUGCACGGCAUGAAUGAACGGCUCAACGCCCUCGAGUCUCUAAUCAAUUUUGAGUUGGGCCAGCUAGAUCGGCUGGAAUUUAGGAUAAAGCACGAUGUGCUGAAGGAUUUCAACCACACUCUUGAAAGCCUAAAGAAUACUUUCAAGACCUCUCAAGUGGAAACUAUGGAAAACUGGAGUUCGUGGCUUUCCACUCUCUUGGGAGUUUCUUAUUCGUUUUAUGUGGAUGCAAAAACGGCAGGAUCAUUUCCGGCACUGAUGAGCUUCAAAUCAAGCCUUCUGAGAGUGGAUAGAGCGGAGUGUUCUGGAAUCCAUGAGCAGGAGUUGCUUGCAGCGAUGAAAUCUUUACAGCAGGCUGUCCAUGACUGUUUCAACGACUCUGUGCUUUUGCUCUUGCAGUUCUUUCUGUUUAAGCUUUCCAGGUCUGAUCUGCAAAAUGCCUCUGUUGUGGUGUCAAGUGUUUUAGCUGAUAGCGAAGCCAACGUAAGAUCAACCUUGGAUAGAGCUAUUGACAAUGUGGAGUAUCAAGUAUUUGAAAUCUUCAAGAGCAAACAUUUUGGGCCGAAGCUCACGAACGAACUCAGGGAGUUGAUCCACCGCUUAAGAGUAUGUUUACUGGAUGACUGUGUUGGCGGUAUAUCAAGUUUACAUGAUCUUCUACAUGUGAACAUCCAAGGUACUGCUAUAAUGGUGGAAGCCCUCAUGGAGAAGGACAAAAAGACUGACGAAGCGUUCCCGCAGUCCACGACGGACCUGUCUGGUCUCGAUACCACCGAGCCUUUGGAGAGCGACCAGUCAUCUACUUCGGCGUCAGAAAUUAAUUUGAGACCCUUCCAUAUUUCGAAAGAGCGUCCAGCACAUCCUUCAGAUGCUCAAUAG